AUGCACAUUGAGAAGAAUGUUUGCGAUAAUAUCAUUGGUACAUUGCUGGAGAUCCCUGGAAAAAAUAAAGAUGGGAUUGCUGCUCGAUUAGAUUUAUUGAACAUGAGGGUCAAAACUGAUUUGCAACCCGAGUAUAGAGAAAGACGUACUCGUUUGCCUCCCGGGCCUUGGAAUUUGUCAAGAGCAGAUAAGAGAGAGGUUUGCAAUUCUUUCUAUGGUAUGAAGGUCCCUGAAGAGAAGCCUGCAAGGUAUGCAAUAACUCGUUUGUGCUUAUUCUUCAAUGCUAUAUGUGCAAAGACUGUUGAUGUUUCCAAGCUAGAUAAGUUGGAAGAAGAUGUAGUAGUUACUUUGUGUUUGCUUGAGAAGUACUUUCCCCCUUCAUUCUUUGAUAUCAUGGUUCAUCUAGUAGUACAUCUUGUCAGAGAAGUUCGUCUAUGUGGGCCAGUAUAUUUUAGAUGGAUGUAUCCGUUUGAAAGAUAUAUGAAAGUGCUAAAGGGGUAUGUUCAGAAUCGUACUCGUCCCGAAGGUUGCAUUGCUGAGCAGUAUAUAGCUGAAGAAGCUGUAGAGUUUUGUACCGAGCAUUUAUCUGAUGUUAGUACAAUUGGAGUGCCUUCAAGCCAAAAGAUGGGAGUUUCAAAUCCAUUAUCAGGUUGCACAGUAAGCGUAGUUGAUCGGGACCUGUUGAACCAAGCACAUCUAUAUGUCUUGGAGAAAACGGAGGAAGUCCUACCUUAUAUCGAGCAACAUAUGAUCCACAUCAAGACCGCUUAUCCAAAAUUUAGAAAGAGAACAAAGUGGCUGCAGGAUAAGCACAAUAGCACUUUCAUUCAAUGGCUACGCUUCAAGGUUCAAAGUGAACUUAAUGAUCAUGGCGUAUCAGAAAAUUUAAGGUGGCUAGCAGCUGGUCCAAACAUGGCAGUGCCAUUAUAUAGGAGCUAUCUUAUUAAAGGUAUUAAAUUCAACAUCAAGGCACAAGAUGAUGUGCGGACAACUCAAAAUAGUGGAGUUUAUUUACUUGCACAUACUAUGCAAGUUGCUAAUGCCAAGGAUAAAAACCCAAUUCUCUCAAAUAUGGGUUUCUAUGGUGUCAUUCAAGAAAUUUGGGACCUUGAUUACCAAAAGUUUACAAUCCCAGUCUUUAGGUGUGAUUGGAUAGAUAAUACUUCUGGUCUUGUAGUGGACGAACUUGGAUUUACCCUUGUAGAUUUGAGUAAAAUUGGACAUAGGAAUGACCAAUUUGUUUUGGCUUCUCAAGUCAAACAAAUAUUUUUUGUUGACGACCCGAUGCAUCGUGGUUGGUCGGUAGUGUUAUCAAUGCCUAAUAGAGAAUAUAAUGAUGUUAUUGGUGAUGAUGUCUUAGGUGAUGUGAGAAUUGAGUGUGAGCCAUUUACUAGAGGGAUGCCAAAUGUUGACACAUUUGAUGAAGGGGUGGUUGAGUUAGGGAGUCAAAAUAUUCAAGAUUGGUGUAAAGAUAUAUGGGUUGAAUGA